CCCCUGACUUCUGUCUGUAGAGUGUUGAUUGGCCCUGUGCUGAUCACAUGCACUCUCCCAAAAAAAAAAAAAAAAAAAACUCUCUAGUAAUACACACCAAACUGAGCAUGUGCAGAGUGUCUCCACACGAUAUGUCUUAUCAGGAGAACACUGGAAGAAGAGGAGGAUCAGAGAAUUCAGCAUCACAAUAACAAUUUAUUCUGGCCAUUGAAGUGAACACCGAAGCGUUAAAUCUGCCUAGAGUUAACAUGUGUUUAGUCAUAUAUAGCGAAUGCAGCGUCCUGGGUUUAGUAAAACUU